CAAUUCGGGCAUCCUCUCUCUCUCUCUGCCUGCUUUGCAUCUCUUCUCCUCUUUUAUGCCUGCUGCAUUUGCACCGUCUCUUCCUCUUCACGUUGCACCACCACCAGCUUCACAGUUGUGGAGGAGAGGAAGGAAGACGACGAGCGUUUCUUGGGGUAGGAUGGCAGCUGUCCCGGUUGACAUGGCAGCCGUCGCCAGCAGCAGCACGCUGUCAAAGCUUGCUCCACUGGAGGCGAUCUUGUUUGACAUCGAUGGCACCCUCUGCGACUCUGAUCCUAUCCAUUUCUGCGCCUUCCGUGAGCUGCUGCAGCAGGUUGGUUUCAACAAUGGCGUCCCCAUCACCGAGGAGUUCUACAGCGCCAAUAUCAGCGGGGGGCACAACGAUGACCUCGCAAGGGCACUGUUCCCGGACAUGGAUCAUGACAAGGCAAUGAAGUUCAUGGAUGACAAGGAAGCAUUGUUCAGAAAGUUGGCUCCAGAACAGUUGAACGCAGUGGACGGCCUCCAUGAGCUGUGCAGAUGGAUAGAACACCACAAACUGAAGCGCGCCGCAGUAACGAAUGCUCCAAGGCCAAAUGCAGAGCUCAUGCUGUCGCUCCUCGGGCUCACCGAUUUCUUCCCCGUGCUCAUCAUCGGCAGUGAGUGUGACCGAGCCAAGCCAUUUCCCGAUCCUUACCUUAAGGCCCUUGAGCUUAUUGAUGCAUCACCUGAUCACACAUUCAUCUUUGAGGACUCCGCGUCAGGGAUUCGAGCCGGUGUAGCUGCAAAUGUUCCUGUGGUUGGUCUGACAACUAGGAAUCCAGAUAAGGUUCUAAAAGAUGCAGGAGCAAGCUUGCUGAUAGAAGAUUUCCAGGAUCCGAAGCUACUGUCUAUGCUUGCAGAGCUAGAACCUACAGUUGCAGUCGAGCAAGUCUGAUUUUUUGCAGAUGAAUUCUGGAGUACUAAAAGCUCGCCAGUGAUUCACUAAAUAACAGGAACAGUAAUACAUCUAUGAUCUAUCUGUCCCAACAAAAUAAAGCUCAUUUCUAGAUUGGGAGUGAACACAAUGCAUAACGUCCUGAGACUUAGCUUAUCACCUGACCUUCAUUUGCACUGAACUUCACAGUUUGUUAACAUGGUUUCGUGGAGCUGACAACUGCCGGAAAAUAGGUUGUUCAGAAUGCUAUGGUGCAGGUUAUCAGAUGAAAUUGCUGUCUGGAUGGAAACGCCUUUAAAGAAAUUGUGUGUUGUAAAUAAGAAAAAUACAAGUUUUUUAAUGUAAAGGACACAAACAAGUAAUAUUAAUUAGUUUUGUUCUGAUAUCCUUGUUUGAUAUUGCAUCUGUAUGAACAUUUGUACUAUCAUCAACUAUGUUUGACAACUACUGCUUGCAUAAUUUAAAAUGUUACAAAUGAGUACAUGCCCGAUAGCAACUAACAUAGACAACCACUGAAAAAAGAUUAGAAAACACAUGAAAAAAAUAAUAAUCUUGUGAUGUAGUACCCCCAAACUUAUUGACAAAGGG